AUGUCGACAGGGGAAAGCUUCCACAGCAAGCAUGCCGCUCAUUAUGAUCGUGGGGCUUCGGGUGCUACUUUGAGCAUCGCUAAGAUCAUCGUCCGCGAUCUACCGCUUCCCAUAACGGAUGAUUCCAAUAUACUCGACAGUGCCUGCGGCACAGGGUUAGUCACAGCUGUCAUCAAAUCCAAGUACCCAACCGCACGCAUCUUAGGCAGCGACAUAGCUCCAGGAAUGAUCAGCAUUUAUGAGGCUCGUGCCAAAGAAAACAAUUGGCCCAGUGUCUCCAGCGCCGUCUUGGAUGUGCGUGACCUCAAAACUUUGGAGGACGACACGUUUUCUCACGUCAUCACCAAUUUUGGUAUAAUGGCCCCAACUUUUCAGGAUAAAGAAGCCCCCCUGAAAGUUGCGAGGGAAACAUGGAGAGUUUUGAAGAGCGGUGGCGUGAGUAUCAUUAGUACUUGGGCUGAGCGGAAUUUUGACAAGGCCUUCGAAGCUACAGCCCUCACCAUCCGUCCCAACGAACAGCCCUACUCCUGGGACAUCGGCGGAGACUAUUGCCGCGGCUUCUAUCUCAUGAAACAGCUUGAGGAAGCCGGAUUUGGCAGUCUAGUCGAAGUCAAGAGCGCCAAAGGUAAGGUUGAAGCGAAUAGUUUGGAUGAGUUGGUGGAAAAUAUGAUGUUUUUUAAAGAUAUGUUUUUCAAGGGGUAUGAUGAUGAAGAGCUGGCGAGGGUGCCAGAUAUCUUGAAGGAGAAGGUAAAAGCCUUGGAGAAGUUUAAGCAGACGGAGGACGGGGUGGAAAUUGAGAUGGUCGCUUGGAUUGGGGUGGGAUGGAAGUAG